AUCAAAGGGGAAAUUAAGGUAAUAUAAGAGAAAACGGAUGUGAUCUAGACUUUAAUCUGAUAUAACAGAAGCUCACAGUCAUCAUAAGAUGAUAUCAUGGAGAAGAUGUUGUCAAAAAAAGUGAGAGAGACAGUUAGAGAGAGAGAGAGAGAGAGAGAGAGAGAGAGAGAGAGAAGAAGAAAAGUAGAAAAGGGUGAGUAAGCAGCUGCGAUUUCCACAAAGUUCCACGGAUUUUUCAAAAGGCAAGCCCAGAUGGAGAAGUUGCGGUUAAAGUUCACAGAACUUCACGCAAACUCAAAGCUAAAGAGGGAAAGAAAGAAGAAAUUAAUUCCCAGAAAAUCAUCUACUUUUUGAUUUCUUUCUCAAUUCUGCUUCAAGCUUAAGCGGAAGCUCUGUUAUUGAGCUGCGCAAUCCUUGUUCUCUCCUCCGUUUUAGCUCUCUAUUUAAGCUCCGUUUCUGUGGUUUCGGAGUAGGGAAGCUUCGGCUUCAAAGCUUCAAAGCUUCAAACUUCAAGCAUGUCUGUGGAGUCGAGUUCUACUUCAGGUGAUAGCAAUAUCAAAGGAGUUCUCACUCAUGGCGGUCGCUAUGUUCAGUACAAUAUCUAUGGGAUUUUGUUCGAGGUCACUACUAAGUACGUCCCGCCGAUACGACCUGUCGGCAGAGGUGCUUAUGGCAUUGUGUGUGCUGCUGUGAAUUCAAAGACACAUGAAGAGGUUGCAAUUAAGAAGAUUGGUAAUGCCUUUGACAACAGAAUUGAUGCCAAAAGGACAUUAAGAGAAAUUAAGCUUCUCUGCCACAUGGAUCAUGAAAAUAUCAUUGCCAUCAAAGACAUUAUUCGACCUCCAAAAAGAGAGGAAUUCAAUGAUGUUUACAUUGUUUCUGAAUUAAUGGACACUGAUCUUCAUCAGAUAAUUCGUUCCAAACAACCAUUGACAGAUGACCAUUGUCAGUAUUUCCUGUAUCAGUUAUUACGAGGACUGAAGUAUGUACACUCAGCUAAUGUAUUGCACCGUGACCUUAAGCCAAGCAAUUUGCUCUUAACUGCAAAUUGUGACCUUAAGAUUGCGGACUUUGGAUUGGCAAGGACAACUUCUGAAACAGAUUUCAUGACUGAGUAUGUUGUUACUCGAUGGUACCGGGCACCAGAAUUGCUCCUAAAUUGCUCAGAGUAUACUGCUGCUAUCGAUAUUUGGUCAGUGGGUUGUAUUCUAGGUGAAAUCAUGACCCGUGAACCCCUCUUUCCAGGCAAAGAUUAUGUUCAUCAGUUGAGACUUGUCACAGAGCUACUAGGUUCACCUGAUGACUCCAGCCUUGGGUUCCUUCGAAGUGACAAUGCCAGGAGAUAUAUUAGGCAGCUUCCACAGUACCCGAAACAACAGUUCUCUGCUAGAUUCACCAAUAUGUCUCCUGGGGCUGUUGAUUUGCUAGAGAAAAUGCUGGUGUUUGAUCCUAACAAACGCAUUGCAGUUGAUGAGGCAUUGCGCCACCCAUAUUUGUCGUCUUUUCAUGAUUCCAAUAAUGAGCCAGUUUGUCCUAGGCCUUUCAGAUUUGAUUUUGAGCAACCAUCAUUGACUGAGGAGAAUAUCAAGGAGCUCAUCUGGAGGGAGUCUCUGAAAUUCAAUCCUGACCCAACUCAUUAGGGAAUAAAUAGUAAAUAGUAUUUGUAAUGUAAAAAGGAUCUUGAAAAACCAGAUGCCUGAAACUCUAUAUCUGCCCUCAUAAUCCUUUGGAAAAGAUAGAAACUGCACUCGAGAUGCUGGAAGUCACUAAACAAGAUGCCAUGGGAGCACAUUCAACUUCUAUUGAAGCCUGUAAUUUACAACUCACAGAAUGAAGUUCGAGCAAACCAUUUCGCAGGAUCUGGGUUUGUCAGAAUAUCAACACCUAACAUACAUGUUGGUGAGGGGCCUUUUUUGGGCUCUAAACUGUUGCUUAGAGAUCUAAACCAUGUUUGGUGCAGGUGUUCUAUCCCAUUAAUAUGAAGGGUACAGGAGGAGCUUUGGACAUUAUACUUCUUACGAAAGAUUAUGUAUAUACUCUUUUAAGGCUCGUUAGUUCUGAUCUCUCACCUUCCAAUAAAAUUGUGUGGAUCUUAAAAAUUGCUUUGAUGUAUUUUAUGGACAUGUAGUUUUUCUUUCUGGGGAAGCCUUUGCUUUUUUUGGAACCCAGAGCUUUGUAUGAUCUGCUUCUGCAAUAAGUAAGUUCCUUUAGUUUUA